UGUGGACUGGCCUCCACUGUGUGCCCGCUCGCUUCGCAUCUGCCCCGCUGCCCCCAUGGGAGAGUUGAGAGGGCCCAGCUCCCAGGGCAUUGCGGCCCAAGCCCGCUUGGGGCGGGGCGCGCCGCCCGCCCUGUCCGUCACGCCGCACUUCAACCGUCACCGUACUUCCUGUCGGGCGGGUCAUGGCGGCCAUCCAAAGGCUUGCCCGCCUGGCGCUUGCUUCGUGUGCUCCAUCUUUGGCGCUGCAGCAGGCGCAGGCGCUGCAGCAGGCCCAGGUGCCCAAGGACGCCCUCAGGAAGUUCAGGAAGCUGGCCGGCGGCGAGUGGGACAACCAGUCUAUGUCGGGACCUGGUUCCAGGGUCGAGGUGGUCAAGCCUUUCAUCCAGUUCUUCCAGGGCUGGCUGCACAACCACUCGGACGUCGCGUCUCUGGUGGAGGCCAGUGCUGGACAUUGGCCUUCGGGCUGGCAGCAGUUCAUGCCCUGGCCGGAGUUGGACUACGUGGGUAUCGACCUCUUGCCCGAAGUCGUCAAGGACCUACUCGCGGACCGCCGGUUCGUCAGGGAGCAGGGCAAGCUGAAGUUUGGGCUCAAGAGCAUGAGAUUUAGAAGGGGCGACAUGCUGAAUGACACGACACUCCCGCCGGCUGAUCUGUUCUUUACCAAGGACACGUUCAUACAUUUCCCCAACAGGUUCAUCAGCCAGUUCCUGAACCAGACCGCCCUCUCGUGCCCACCCAAGUACAAGUACGUGAUGUUCGUCCAGGACUUCCGCCCGAGGGCCGACUACGACUAUUACAACAACACCCACACUGACAUCGGCAAAUUCGGCCACUAUCACGGCUUCGACCUCAAGUACCCGCCGUUUUCGCUCCCCGUCGACACGGUCUUCGAGUGGGUCUCCCCGCACGAGGAGCGGCGCCACCGGCGUCUGGUGCAGGUCCUGGACACGAAGAGGGUCUGCUGAGCCCGCCCGGGGCCGGAUUGGACCCCGCGCGCUCGAUCGGGGCGUCGGGGGUGGGGUGUGCUGUUACCCUCGGCCUUAGGGGUCGGGUACAGAUCCAGGCAUCGACGUUUGGCUUCGGCAGCGCACUGCAGCAUGCUGUGCGGCAGGGGAACUUGACUGCGCAGCGGGGCGCGAUGGGUAGCGGGCGCGACCAGCCGGGCGUGGUCAACAGCACCUGUUGAAGCGCGCUGCCGCGAGCUCCCAGGCGGCGCCCCCCAGGCUCGCGCGCAGCUCCUGGGCGGCUCCUGGGAGGCGCCUCCCGGGCUCGUGCGCAGCUCCUGCGCAGAGUCGCCCGGGCUUCUUCGCAGGGCCCCGACAGCGUCUGGACAGCCAUAUCGGCGGGACGGCGGCCAUUUUUCCAAGCCCGUAGAUUGUACAGGCUUUGGUGCAGUGACCAGUCAUGGCGGGUCGCGGCGAGGCGAAUGACAGCUUCUCCGCCUCCAGGGAUCCAGAUACACGAUGCCGAACGCCCCCGCCCCCCCCUGGUCCAGGGGACGGAGGCCUCACGGCCAGUUCCGCCGAGACUGGGCGAAGCAGUAAUCGGCGGCGCGCCCAGGGGGGAAGACAGGGG